AUGGAAACGAACCGUCGUUGUUUUUUGGAGAUAUUGGAUGCAAUACAGUAUUUGGCUCGUCAAGGCUUACCUCUUCGAGGAGAUGAUGACGAAGAAUCAAAUUUAAUUCAGUUCCUAAAGAAGAGAUUGAAAUCGUUUCCAGAGCUAAAAGAUUGGCUAGCAAGAAAACAAGUCAAGUUUACAUCACAUGAUAUUCAAAAUGAGGUGCUUAACAUAAUGGCUAAUAAUGUGGUAAGAGCAUUACUAAAGAGUAUAAGCGGGAAUAUUUAUUCUAUCAUGGCAGAUGAAUAUACAGAUGUUUCGAACAAAGAGCAGCUAACAUUUUGUUUACGUUGGGUGACAGAUGCUCUUGAUGUUGCAGAAAAAUUUUUAGGAUUUUACGAAGUACCAAACAUUAGGAGUGCAACAAUAGUCGCGGUACUAAAGGACAUCUUAUCUCGAUAUCAACUAAAUCCAGAUCUAUGUCGUGGUCAAUGCUAUGAUGGCAGUAAUAUGCUUGGUAAAUCAUCUGGUGUAGCAGUGCAGAUACGAGAGCUACAACCACUGGCCCUGGAGACGCAUUGCCAUGCACAUUCUUUAUCACUAUCAGUAAAGGAUACUACCAAACACAUUAAAAUUUUGCGUGAUACAAUGGGCACAGCCGGUGAAAUUGUGAUCCUAAUAAAAUACUCGCCGAAACGGGAGAACAUGCUUGGAAUGAUGAAAGAUCAAAUAGAGUGCGAUUCCGAAGAGGUUUUCAAAGCCAAUGGGAUACUUAAACUUUCAGAGACACGCUGGACCGUUAGAGCAGACUGCUUCAAAAGAAUCUUAGAAAAUUACGAUGAUCUAAUGAGAGUCUGGGAGCAUUGUUUGGAGAAUGACCGUAUGCAGACCGACGUGAAAUCUCGGAUCAGUGGCGUAAAAAAACAAAUGAAAUCUUUUGAUUUCUUUUUUGGAUUGAAUAUUGGUCACCGACUAUUUUCCCACACAGAUAACCUAUCUAGAACAUUACAGGCUGAAAAAAUGUCUGCUUGCCAAAGUAAAAGAAAUGCAAACCUGGUGGUCAGCGUCUUAGAAGGAAUGAGAAGUGAGGAAUCAUUCAAUAGUUUGUACGAUUCCAUCAUUUUGAAAGCAAAGCAGCAUUCUUUCAUAUCAGAACCUACCAAUAAAAGAAAAAGGAAAGCCCACGACUACUCAAUCGUAACGUUUCUUGAUGGCAGCAGUAGCAGUGAACCAGCAUAUCACCCUUGCACAGCACGCGAUAAUUACCGAAGUAUUUAUUACGAGGCAUUAGAUACAUUGGUUACAUCGAUCAAGGAAUGA